UAAAAUUUAGGCCAACAAAGGAAGCUGAAGAUGUUUGGAGUGAUACCACUAGCCUGCUUCACUUCAUUGCGUACUUAAAGCUUCCAGCUUCAAGUAUAAAGAGGGAAGGAUGUACUCUUUUUUUUUUUUCCUCUAAACUUCUGGGAGAGGAGAGCUUACAGUUGAUAACUGUUGCCAUCUUACUGUAUUUACAGGUGUUGCAGAACUCAAAGUAAAUCGAGCCUUGAACUCUCCAAAGUCUAAACAUCAACAGAGGAUAGUUUUUAAUGUAAUGAAUAUAAAUUUUAGAGUAUGUAGUGAUUUUGUAAUGUAAUAGUAGUUGUACAAGAAUCAGACCCCUGUUUCUCCUCAGGCUGGGAAUAAUUAUUUUACCACAUCACACUAAUAAUUGCUUCAAUCAAUUGAUGGUACAUCAGAGGUGUACUUUUUGGCAGUUGGUUUGAGACUUGUUUGCUGGUGCUCUCAUCACCAACAGAUGUGACAGGUGGCUGUGAUACUAGAAAGAGAUGCUUUGAAUAAGAAGUCCAAGGAAUAACCUUAGUGCAGAAAACAAAGCUUGGGAUGACUUUGCUGAAAGGAGUUUGCUAAUAAUUAUUUUUACUCUUUCCAUGUUACGUUGGCAGUAGAGAAGGAUCAGAGUGGAUGAUUCAGAAAUCAUCACACAUGGAAAUAAGGAAUAUCUUGAUACUGAUUAACGCCUGGAUACGUCUGUAUAACCAGACGCUGCCAGUCUUCAAAGCAAUUCUGUUAAGUUCUAUGCAUUUCCUUCCAUUGAAAGAUUAAAAAUGUUUCCAGUGCCAUUUAAGAAAACCCAGUAUUGAGGCACAUAUUUUUCCAGUUUGUUUAUGAAAUACACAUUUUCUUAAUGAGGAACUCAGUGUUGACAGCUCAUUAGCAUUUUGUAGGUGUUUACUUAAGUCUUUCAGAGGGCUAGAAAUUCGUGUUUCUAGUAUAUGUAAUUUUAAUGAAAAUUCAUCCAGACUGCAAAAUUCAGAUACACAGCCUGAGUUUAUUCAGGAGCCAUUCAUUUCUCCUGAGUGCCAGCUGAUGGAAUGAUUCAAUAAUUUGAUAUGGGAGGUAGUCUCUUUUCUUUUCCUUCUUCUGUUUUAUCUCCAUGAAAAAUUAAACCUUUUUUUUUGUUUUUCCAUCACAGAAGUAUCUUUCUAGUUAUGUAUGCUCUGCACCAUCUUACUCCUGCCUUUCAUGUUAGCACCAGCCUAUUGUGGCAGACUGCAGUUAAAAAGGCACACUGUGCUAAGCAUCAUUUUGUUUGAUUCUUAAUAGUAUAUUUUAGUAUGUUUUCUAUGUGUUAGUGUGUGUAUAACUGCUGAGAUGCUUUGGUAUAAAAUCUUAACUGUAUAUCAAUAGGAUUAUUUGCAUUUUUAUUGUAUGUAUAUAAAUAAUAGAUGCUGAUUACUGACAAAAGGAGUGAAUUUGUUGAAACUGUAAAUCCAGGCAGAAGAUACAAGGUUUCUGUAUUGCCAAGAAGAGAUGCUUAUUUAUUCCUUGACAUAUCUAAGAAAUGUCACAAUGCUAUAGUAUAUAUUCUGGUAUUGUUAUGGAGGUCCUUCAGAAGGUAAUAUACUUGUGUGGGUACAUUCAGUGAUAUCAUAGACUCGGUAUGAAAUAAGAAUUGAAACAUUUCAGUGUGUUGUGUUAGAUUGCAGUCUGGCAAACCUCUAAUUUACAACCUUUUUUUUCUGUAUGGUGUUUGGUUUUCACAGAUUUUACUCAUUCAAAACAACUCAGUUUAUACAGUGUCUCAUAGACUGAUCAUAAAUGGAUCUAUGUAAUCCUGAGUUCACUGCAAUUUACACUAAUGCUCACUGCUCAUUUGUUUGCAUUGGUUUAGUCUGGACAUAUGUUCAUAACACUUUUUCUCUUGAGCGUGCUCCCACGUUCAGACUGUAGACUUAAAUAUGUGUAGGAAUGUGUAGAAAAAUGCAACAGAAAAGAAAGGAACAGAUGUUACAUUAAAAUUUGUGUAACCACCGAAGAUUCUAACAGAGUCAGAUGUUGUAGUAUGUAGCCAUUGUAUUCUAUCCUUUUUCUUUUCUGAGGGUUUUCAGGCCAUCCAGCCUCUUUCCAUACUUGUGAGCCCCUGCUAUCUUGCAGGUUGAUAAGCUCUGCUGCCUACUUGGAGCAGCUCAAUCCUUUAAAAUACAGCUUCUGUCUUCCACCUAUUGUCUACCUGGGUCAGCAGUGCUGACCAGAUUAAUCAAGUGCUCUGUUAAUGACCUUUCUAUGUUGAUUUGUCACGUUUAUGUCAUUUGCCUUCCUGGUUUAUGCUUUCUGGAAUGCAAUUUGCUGUAUUCAAGACAUAAUAAAAGAGUUUUAGCAUUGAAAAAGCUGUAUACUUUUCUGCCAUCUUGUUUGUAAGUCAUGUAUUUUCUGUGAUUCACUAACUAUUGUGAUUUAUAUGCAGUGAAUAUGCAAAAGUCACACAGCUAAAGCAGUUGCUACCUUGAUGUACUCAAUCCCCUAUCAGAAGACUGCAGCAGGAAUUGGUAAUCUCUGUGUACAGAAAAUACGCCUUCUGUGUAAUAAUGGGAAUGAAUAUCUGCAUAUUUCUCUUAUGGCACGAAAUUAAAGCAUGACCACAGGUAGUUUGCUGCCUAUACUUCACUUGGAAAUGGGAGAAUAACUCUUGUGCCAAAAACAAUGAAUUGGAGAUGAAGAUAUAAAAAUCAAGCCCAGCCACCAGCUACAAAGGAGCAGGAACAACAAAAGGACCUGAGCACACCUGAACAUCUCUGUUUGCCUGAGCACCUUGUGUUACUAAUUGUUCAGCAAGACAAGUCUCAUCGUCUUACUUGGACAGGAAGUACGAGGAGAGCACUGGCAUCCAGGAUUCUACCAAGGCCGUGAUGCAAGAAGGAUCUACAGAGGAGCUUCACGGGGACCUCCUAUGUGAGAGCAAACUAACUGAGCACACCGAACCACUGGUUAAAAGCAGAAGGACAGUGGUGACAGGAGGUGGAGGCUACUUGGGAUACAAUCUGGGAUGUGCUCUUGCCAAGGCAGGAGUUGCUGUUGUUCUAUUUGAUAUACGAAAACCUAAAUGGGAAAUUCCAAAUGGUGCAGACUUUUUCAAGGGUGAUGUGAGGGAUUAUGAAGCAGUGCUCAAAGCAUGUGAAGGGGCUGACUGUGUUUUUCAUGUGGCUGCUUGUGGAAUGUCAGGAUUAGAACAACUUCAAAAGAAAGAGCAGAUUGAAUCCAUAAAUGUUGGUGGCACUGAAGUCAUAAUUGAUGUCUGCAAACAAAGAAAUAUCCCUAGGCUGAUAUAUACCAGUACAGUGAACGUGGUGUUUGGAGGGAAUCCUAUUGAAGAAGGAGAUGAAGAAACUGUGCCGUAUUUUCCGCUGGAAAAGCAUUUUAAUCAUUACUCUAGAACGAAGGCAAUCGCAGACCAAAUGGUUCUUGCUGCUAAUGGGACUUUACUAAAAGGAGGUGCCAAGCUCCGUACUUGUGUGCUCCGUCCUCCAGGCAUUUAUGGGCCCGAAGAGCAGCGCCACCUGCCGCGGGUAGCUGUAAGUAUCCAGCGGAGACUAUUUAACUUCAAGUUUGGGAAUCACAAAGUUCUGAUGAACUGGGUUCACAUAGGAAACCUGGUACAAGCUCACUUACUAGCUGCUGAGGCUCUCACCUCUGAGAAGGAUUAUGUAGCUAGUGGACAGGCAUAUUACAUACAUGAUGGUGAAAACGUCGUAUUUUCUGAAUGGAUAAUCCCAUUAUUUGAAAAAUUAGGAUACAGUAAACCCUGGAUACAUAUUCCUGUUCUGCUGGUUCAUAUAGCAGCCGCUGUGAUGGAAUAUCUGCAUCUGGCAUUAAAGCCAUUUUUUAGCUUCACACCUUUCUUGACAAGGAAUGAGGUCUGGAACGUUACUGUAACUCACACUUUUCGAAUAGACAAAGCACGAAAUCAACUUGGUUACAAACCAAAGAAAUUCUCGUUUGCAGAUUCUGUGGAUCAUUAUCUUAAAACAAGACCUGUUUGCCAGGAAGGUCACACAUUCCUUAAAACACUCUUUGUUUUUGGUCUUCUGUUAAGUUUGAUCAUUCUUUCCUUCUUCUAACAUCAAACAGCUAUCUGCCUGUUCCCAAAAAACUACUUUUGUUUCUGGGGAUGAAUGACCUGGUCGUUCUAUAUUCCUCAGUCACUAUGAAAUGUAUUGUUCUUAUUCAUUAUUCUUAUCAUGGUGAUGACUUCUCCCUGACCUUACGUAAAAUAAAUAAAAAAGUGAAAACACGAAGCACAUCAGGAAAUGUUCCCAAAGGACAAAGCAGUGUCACAGAGUCAAAGGAACGCACCACUGAUGGGUGCAGGAAGAGUUGCAGUGCAUCUUCACUCCUGGAUUACUUCAUACUGAGAAUGAUUUUCUAAAAAUGAUCAUCCAGAGGGGCGAGGAUUUGGAAGAGGAGCCAUCAUAGAACCGCAGUGCUGUAACACGACCUGUGGCUCCAAGGAGGAGAAGAUUGUCUCAACAAUUCCUCUGGUGAAGCCACUGCUACAGCCACUGCUACAGCUACUGCAUGUUAGUGUCAGGAAUUACAAAGACCUGGGAAAUAUUACAAAAAUAAGCAAAUAUUUAUAAAUGACAGGUGCUGAGAGGACAAAAGUCGUAUGUAUGUGAAAUAGUUUUGUUGUUCAAAAGCUGUGUAAAAGAUGUAAUAAACUGUAUAUAUAAAAUAA